AUGGGGGGAGCACCUUGGGUUGCAGUUGGUAACCGCACGCCCUGGGCCGGCGAACUGAGCGGCGCGUUUUUCUUUUCCAAGCUCAAGGAGGAGCACGGCAAGAUCACGGCGAAGUGGAAGGAGUGGGACGCCACGACGAAGGCGGAGUACUUUGACCUGGUUGGCGGUACGAUGGGCAGGCCCCCGGACGUCGAGGUGGAGCCGUGGGACGAGCCCGACGAGGGCGAGAAGCUGCGCGCCUCCGCGCGGCCACCGGAGCCGGCUACGAGGGUAGCCCUCUCGCGCUUCCGGCCGCAUACUCUCCUCCCGGCCAAGGAGCUGCUGUCCCUCGCCGAGUUCACGUCCAAGCACGAGUUCCUGCACCAGGCGCAGCAGCGCUUCACGACGGUGGUCCACAACAGGAACUGGCGCGACCUCGCCAUGGAGCUCGCCGAGGAGGGCUCCGCGGGAUCGCGGUCUGCUCCUCGUGGCAAGAGGGGCAAGGCGCGUGCCGAGGGCAGGGAGCGGGCGAGGCACGCGGCCUGGCGGGAGGCGGCCCGCUUCGUGGCGGUGAGCCAGGAUGGCGCCGGCGCCUUCCUCAGCGCCAUCCCCAUGCGGGAUGACAUGCGAAUGGAGACCUGGGCGAUGCGGAUCUCGUUACAACAAACAACCCGACGUGGACGCGUGCUUGGCACGGGCGGCAAGCGCUAUUCCGGCGAUGUCAAGGUCGUCUGCCGCCUCACCAGCAGCGGGGAGCACGGUCGGAAGGGCGCCUUUGUCGCUUUCGGCAACACCGAGGCGUUCUACCGGAACAUGGUCGUGGGGCAUGGGCCCUACUGCGAGGAGGGAGAGGGAGGACGUCGACACGUGCAGCUGCUGCUGUUCGAGUCGUUCGGUGGGUUCGGGAAGGGGGUCGGCGAGAUCCUCUGGAAGGCGGCGAAAGUGCUGCAGAACAAACUGACGCGGGCCCAGUGCCUCGAUGAGGUGACUUGGACCACAAAGAGCUGGCUGGGGCUGCAGAAGCAGCGUAUCUCGAGUCGUUCUUCACACGGCCAUCGCAGAGCAGAUUGUGAAUGA